AUGAGUGACAGUUGGAGACUAGUAAUGGAGCCAGAGGACGAUUUCCUAUAUAAAUACAAAGGAAUCUAUUUCGUAAAUGGCUUGUCUUCACCCGAAGGUAUAGAUUUACUGGACAGUUUGGAAAUCCGAGAUGAUGAUAUAUUCAUAAUCACAUAUCCUAAAUCUGGCACAAUAUGGACUCAGAAUAUUGUGAGCCUGAUUCUUCAUGAAGGUCAUCGAGAUGAAACUGAAAAUAUUACCCUGAUUGACCGAGCACCCUGGCUGGAGUAUAAUAUUUUGAAUGUAGAUUUUCCCAGUUGCCCAUCACCUCGUCUCUUUAGUUCCCAUCUGCCCUACUAUUUGGUACCCAAAGGAUUACGAAGUAGAAGAGCAAAAAUUAUUUAUGUGCUUAGAAAUCCAAAGGACGUCAUGGUUUCUAACUAUUAUUUUCACAAACUGUCAGUCAAAGUAGAAACCCCAAAAGACUUCAGUACUUUCUUUGAGAAGUUUUUGGCUGGAAAAGUGUUUUGUAGUUCGUGGCUAGACCAUGUAGAAGGCUGGUAUGCUCAUAAGGGUGAUUUCAAUAUUCUCUUCCUUUCUUAUGAAGAAAUGAAAAAGGACAAUGAUCCCAAACACACCAGCAAAUCUACAACAGAAUGGCUGAAAAAGAAAAGACUCAAGGUGUUGCAAUGGCCCAAAGUCCAGACCUCAACCCGAUUGAAAUGGUGUGGUGGGACUUCAGAAAGCUGCACUAUUGGGGACUGGAAGAGCACCAUGACUGUUGCCCAGAAUGAAAAGUUUGACCGUGUCUUUAAGGACAGGAUAGAAAAGCUGCCCUUCAGGUUCUGCUGGGAUAUUCAGGAAGAUCCUGAGCCUAUUUCCAGUUCAGCGGAGGAAAAUAAUGUGUGAUACACACCUUCAAGUGGCUUGAAUCAGAGAUGACCUUCCAAGAACGGUCUUUCUGUAACCUUGUAAUGCUUAAGUCUCAACUCUGCAGAGAUCAUAGAACAGAGCAACAUCAAAUU